AAGAAGUGGAAGAAGUGGUAGGUCGCAAAAGCCAAAGGGUGACUUCAAAAAGAGAGAAAAAUGUGUCCAGUUCCAUGGCUAUAGGAGAUUGCAAGGAGCAAGGAAAUGGAGGCAUUGACCACAGAUUUGGAAGACUUUGAAAACUCCGAAACACCCUCGUUUGUUUCCGGGACCUUCUUAUUUGAUCUCUUCUUCCUCUCUGACUUCCUCUCUUUUAAUUAAAUCCAAUAAACUCCCAUUCCACUUCUUCUACCGGAUUUCUGAACCACCGCUCAUCAGACUCUGCAGAAAGAGAAGAACCCAGAUCAAUUUUGCAGCCAAGUAAAAAAAAACCAAGAUACUUCUGGGAUUUUCAAUUCAUUUGAACAAGCAGAAGAAAAAAAGCCUUUGAAGUUGUGAGAUUGUUGGAGAUGGCAGGGGUGCAAGAUCAAUUGGAGAUCAAGUUUCGGUUGACUGAUGGAUCAGAUAUCGGCCCCAAAAGCUUUCCUGCUGCUACCAGUGUUGUAAACUUGAAGGAAAGCAUUCUUGCUCAAUGGCCUAAAGAGAAGGAUAAUGGACCGAGGACUGUCAAAGAUGUCAAGCUAAUAAGUGCGGGACGAAUACUGGAAAACAACAGAACAGUUGCAGAGUGCCGGAGUCCAUUAUGUGACGUCCCUGGUGGAGUUACAACUAUGCAUGUCGUCGUUCAACCACCUUCACAGGAGAAAGAAAAGAAACCGAUGAGCGAGCCAAAGCAGAACAAAUGCGUUUGUGUUAUAUUAUAACUUUUGCAGCUCAGAUAGUGGGGAUAACAUCAUUCUUAGGUGAAAGAGAGUUGGAGCUAAUAAAAGAAAAUGAAAUGGAUAAAAUUGCAGAUAGAUUCAGCUCCAUUGGAAUUAUGCAGGCUUCUUGUCAUAUGUCAUGCGUUGGUGCAGGUCCGUCAUGCUUUAUUUGUUGUUAAGUCCGUCGGACUAUGCUACAUCACACAUUCAUAUCUAAGAUUUCUAUGUAAAGAGUUCUUGUGCUGCAUUUGUAUUCACGUUUUACAAUCGAAUUUGUUUCAUUCACCGUGUAUAAUUUUCAACCGUACCAUCUUGGAAAUCAUAUUAUGUCAAGGAAUUGGCAAGGCUCGUGAGGGGGUUGCCAUCGUGCUGCGUUAUGCACUCCGUUGUGUGGUGCAACAAAAUGCUAUGCCUCCACAGCUUGGGCCAUAAACAAGGGUUUUAGUUUAGGUAUGGAGGUUGAGAACUACAGAACUUUUGCCUUGUAAUCAAACCACCCAUGGAGGGUCAAGCUAAAAAAUCUGUGUUCUUCA